AUUCGUUUUCUGCAAUUCCUCGCGUCCUGUAUUUCACGCGGCAUCGCAGUUGCCUUACCUCAUUAUGCUGUACACAUACCUCUCAGCCGCGGCGCUUCUAGCACAAGCCACGUUCGCUCUCAAUGUGCCGACCUUGAAAGUGCCGGCAUGCCCCAAAAAGGGAACCAUUACUUACAACAAGACUGUACCUGAUCUGGCCGAGUUUCCCAAGACCCAGGUCGAUAUUUGCUAUGACGAGAGCUCCAUCCAGCUCACCUUUACCGCUUACAAUGAAACCAACUUCUACUACGACCCCAGCCUGGGCCAGAAUGAAGCCAUCUACAACUACGAGGUGAUGGAAGCCUUUAUCUACCAAGGCACAAAAGAUCCCCAGACAUAUCUCGAAUACGAAAUCAACCCUGGCAAUAUCACAUAUUCCGCCUUCGUUUACAACCCCAGCAAGGUGCGCGCAUCAGGCGCCGCCUUCGACCAUUUCUACAUCAACAACACGCAAACCGACGGCUUCACCGCGGCCACUACGCUCGACCGAUACGCCAAGAAGUGGACAUCAUACGUGCAGGUCCCGCUGGGCAUCUUCAACGUCGACAAGGGCGAGGCCAAGGGUACGCAGUGGCGAAUGAACUUCUUCCGCACGGUCGUAUCGCCGAAGACUUUCCCGAACCAACUUCUCGGAUCGUGGAGCCCUCCCACAGAUGCGCCGAGCUUUCAUGAGACUCCUUACUUUGGACGCGUUACGUUUGUAUGAAUGACGAUGGUGGUGGAGGGCGGAGAGAUGUAGUGGUAGAUAUGUGCACAGAUACAUUUGACUGAAACCUACCUUUUCCA